GUCAAGUACCGGUAGCUAGAACAAUGGCGCUCCCGGGGAACCGUGAGCCUCAAUGGAGCCUUUUAUGCAGUCACCCUCCGGAAGUGCCCCCGAUUCCAACAUCCCUGAUCAUGCAAUGUGCAUCUACCGGUCUUUGAAUACUGGACUUCGGUGUAUGAGGCCAUGCGUCGUGACGUGGGCGGAAUGCAGCUGACCGUGAGGUGGAUCCUGAAGCUAGCGUUGAGCUGAGCGCAGCUCAUGCUAGCUCAGUAGCUGACGGUUGAAGCCAGGAGAGUUCAGCAGAGAAGUCCAGACUUUGGUCUUCAGCAAGCCAGAUAAUCCUGCUGCAGACCUCCAGACAUUUGGCAUUGCUUCCUCGUUCAGCUUCGCAUUCGGACAAACAGAACCUCCAGUCCAACAAAACAGAGUCCUUGCUUUUCAGCUGCUCAGGAAACAAUGGCUGCCUCUCAGUGCAUGAUCGUUAUCGCCGCCCUGCUUGCGGUGGCCUCUGUGGCUCAGGCCGACCGCUUCGACGCGUACCUGUAUGGAAGCAACGUCAUCAGCAACAUUGCCACCCCUCCCACUGCCAAUGGCGACCUUGAUGGCAGCGGUACCUCCGUUGUGACUGUCACUGGCUCUCAGAUCUGCCUCACUGCAACAUGGACCAACCUUGCAACGGUCACCCGCUACCACAUCCACAAGGAGGCCUUCGGCAACCGCGGCCCCGUCGUCGUCAACUGGGUUGACGAGAGCACCCCCAACGCGUUCCCCAUGAACACAGGCAACAGCGUGACUACCUGCGCCAUCAACAACGCGAUUAACAACAGCACCGCGGUUACCCCCGCCCUUAUCGCUGACAUCCUGGCUAACCCCGCCGGUUACUACGUCGACCUGCACACCCCCGAGACCAGGGUUAUCAACGGGGUUACUGUCAGCUUCCAGACCUUCGGUGCGAUCCGCGGUCAAUUGGAGCCCCAGACCGGCUGCCGUCAGGCUGGUCUCAUCGAGUGCGGCGACUCCCGGGCAACGCUCUCGUGCUGCAACCCCGCCACCCAGAUGUGCGUCUCGGGCGGGUGCGUCAACAAGUAAGACGGUAAUGUUUGCACGCGUCGGGCUGAGCCGGAGCGUUACACCCUGGCUGAAAGGAUGAAGGCCCGGAGUAGACGCCCAUUUAGAGUCGUGUCAUAAAGUAUAGUUGUAACGGUGGUCGCUGAUGGGCUGGGGAGCGUUACACUCAGGCUGACAUAACAAGCGGUUGGCCGAGUUUGUUAGUAAGGAAAUUGUAUAGCGCGAGGCGUAGGAUUUUGCUCGUUUGGUCGGUCGAGAUUGGACCGGAGUCCUCUUACGAUAAGUUGGACCUCUGGAUUGCCCCAAGCAAGCUAGCGAUUACAAAUUCUGAAAAAGUUUUUUGGUCAAAGAGAUAUGUCGGAGUUAAUUUACAAAGCCGCUCACGUUUAUGAAGUGGUUAUCAAAAGGAUUCCGAAAGCGCGCGCUGGCAAAUUGCACCAGC